AUGAGCAUCUCCUUGGCUGAGAUCCGGUCGCCCUUCGUCCUUUCCUGGGUAGCACCUGAGGACGGGGCCUCCUUCCCCUCUCGAGUCAAGAAGGAGCCUGUGACGAGCCAGCCGGGCAGCGGGGUUGGUGUGUCUGCCGUCACAACGGUCAUGUGGAGCGGCGGGGCCUGGAGCACCGGCCUCUUUGACGUCUGCACCGACAAGAAAGUUUGUGCCUGCGGCUCCCUCUGCACCCYGUGCCUGGAGUGCAGCCUGGCCCGGCGCGCCGGCGACUGUUUGUGCCUCCCUUUGCUCCCGGGCUCCUCCUUGGCGCUGAGAGUUGGUGCCCGAGAGAGGUACAGGAUACGCGGGACCAUUUAUGAGGACUGGCUAGCAGUUUACUGCUGCUGGCCUUUUGCUGUCUGUCAAGUGGCCCGAGAGCUGAAGAGGAGGGCCGUGACCCAGAUCUGUGAAGUAAAUGCCAUUCCUGUAGCUGAAGAUGUCCUAGUUAGAAAAAUCCCCAGCAAGGGAGCCUGA